AUGAACCAUGUCAGAAUCGGGUCGAUCUCUGACAUAAUUCGGUCUGGCUUGGUCAUUGUGGACACUUUGGAUGUUGUUCGGGAACUUCUGGAGAAUAGUGUUGAUUCAGGGGCUGCCAACGUGCAGAUCGACAUUGAUUAUGAUGGAGACUGCUUAUCGGUGAGAGUUGAGGACGAUGGCGCUGGGAUGUCGAAGGGCGAUUUGAGUCUGCUUGGAAGAAGGAACUGGUCUUCGAAACAGGUGGAAACUUCGAGUUUUGGCUCCAGGGGCGAGUCCUUGCACUCAAUAAUGGGUCUUUGUACCCGAACAGAGAUUAUUAGCAAACAGAACCACACAGCAUGGAAAUUGCAUUUUGUUGGUGAUACAAGUCGAGGGGAUUUGAAUGAGACCCAGUUUGAUGUUUCUUCUGGAACGAUUGUCAAUGUUGUGGAUGUUUUUGGUCGAGUUCCUGUUCGAAAGCGCCAUUUCAAAGCCGAAUGGAGAGAUAUGACCACGAAGCUGGGCAGUAUGACGUUUAUUGUUCUGGCGUGUCGUCCAAACGUGGCGGUGACUUUGAAACGGAAUGGCAAGUUGGUCUCUAAGGGUUGUAACUCUGGGGGGACUAAAGGAGUGGCUGAUCUGAUGCAACUGCUGCUAGGACUCCCUGGUCCGUUUUUCACCGUCCAGGAUGAAAUGGACAAUAUCGUUGUCGAGGGUGUCAUUACCAAGACACUCACUCAGGGGUAUCAGUUUCUUGUGAUGAACGGUCGAGUUUUGGAAAACAGAGAGCUUUUAAGCUGGGUCAACAAACAGUUUGGCAAAGACCGGUCGGCGAGCUUUAUCUUUUUCAUCACGACUUCUGUGGAGGAGUCUGAUUUGUUGCAAAGUCCCCGCAAACGGUGCUACCGGCCUGUUCAGUUCGACAAGAUCAGAACCGUGAUUGGCAGACUAGUCAAGCAAUGGACCAAUCGAGAAAGCAGCAAACGACAGAGUUUAGGGCCGCGAAGAUGGAUUGGUGCGUCUCGGUUCUUCACAAACGUGUCUUCUAUAUCUCUGACAAAGGAGAGUCUGAUCCGCUGUCGGCCGAUCUGCCAGGUGGAAAACAAGUUUAUCCUAGCAAGAGUAGAUUCUGUGCUUGUUGCUCUGGACCAGCAUGCGUGCGACGAACGGGUAAUUGUGGAACGACUGUACAAGCAAUGGACCACGUCUAUGAGUGUGUGUGUGUGCGAUGUUGUGUUUGUGGUGAACCGGCUGGAGCUGGCACUGUUUGAAAAGUUUGGUGCAGAGUUGUUUCAAUGGGGGAUAAAAAUUGAGAUCCAGGAACAAAGAAUAACCAUUCGGCAGAUUUCGCAGCUAGUUGGCGAGAAACCGGACCAGUACGUGCAGCAGGGGGUAAUUCGGUUUCUGGAAGAUUUGGAUCUGAAAAGGAAGCGAGGAGUUGCCGAUUCGGACACCUGGUGGACCAGCCUCGCACAAAUGCCCGAUUUUUACCAGGAAACAAUCAAACAAAGAGCAUGUCGAGAGGCAAUCCGGUUUGGCAAGAGUCUGACCAACCAGGAACAACAGCAGCUUCUAAACGACCUCGUCCGGUGCAAAGAUCCGAUGCAUUGCGCCCACGGCCGGCCAACUUGUGUGCCAUUGAUAAGAUGGCAUGAUAAAUAA